AAGGAAGAGUGGUGGGUGUCCAGAAGGGAGUGGACACUGUCUGUGCGAGCUGAUUAUCACUACAGGUAUCAUCUGUAUAACCGGGCUUUCUUAAGCUGGCAGGUUUAUGUGUCGAUGCGGAAAGAACAGAAGAAGAACCUUAACAAGGCAGCCUGCUAUGUUGAUGGACGAUGCCUGCGAUUGGCCUGGGAGAGUUGGCUGAUGUAUCUGGAGAUGCAACGGGUAAAACAAAGAAUGCAGAUGUGCAGUCAGGAACAGCAGAAGAAGGCAGCCCUGCGGUGGGCAUGGACGCAGUGGAGGGAUUGCAUGCGCCUGAGGAAUGAGGAGCGCCUCAUGGAGGAGCGUGCCCUGCAGCACUGGGCACAGGCACUGCAGAACAGGGCCUGGCUGCAGUUGAGAGCCAUGUACCUGCAGACCUGCAGUCAGAGAGAGGAAGAGGCCAGAAUCAAGCUGUACUACAGUCAUGGACUCCAAAGAAAGGUUCUGCUUGCUUGGACCGGUUACUUGCAGCACCGUCGACUCAGGAGGGAACAAAAAGUUAUACAUGAACAUGCAUGGCACCUCAUGGUGGUGAGGAGGUGGUGGUGCAGAUGGCGAUUUGUGUACCUGCACAGACAGAAUGAGAAAGACAGGCUGCUGGUUGCAGACAGUAUGGCACAGCGUAACAUCAAGGUCCAGACACUGCAUCGCUGGAUGGGCUAUGUGAAUCAGCGUUUACAGAGGGCAGGGAGAGACCAGUUUGCCCAAGAGCAUUACAAGCACCACCUUCUGAACAUGGGACUCAGACUCCUGGUCCUGAACGUCACGCAGAAAAAGGCCCGUCGGGUGGACAAUAAUGUUGCACUCCAGCAGUAUCAGCACAGCGUGAUUGUCAGGUAUUGGAGUUACUGGAAGCAGCGUCUGGAGGAAAUAGAAGAAAGGGACCAGCAGCUACAAAAAGAAACAGCAGUUGCACACUACAGCACAACUCUAAUGAGGCGCUCCCUGCAUUGGUGGAGAGAACACUUGACUGAGCACAAAAUUGCACGGGAAAUGGAGCUCAGAGCUAACCGCUGGUUUGCAGAGCGCACCCUGCAACAGUGUCUGAGCACCUGGGUAGAGUUUGCCGCAGAGCAGCAGCGUAACAGGGAGAGAAAAAGGAAAGCCAGCGUCCACCUUCGGCAGCAGACAUAUUCCUUGGUGUUCUACACCUGGUUGGCUCGUUCAGCGGAGCAAAGGGAGCAACGGUUGGCAGAGAGGAUGGUUCCAGGUAAUGGGCCAUCACCUCAUCUGUGUGCCACUGUGGUGGCCCAGGAAGCAGUGGUUCCCCUGCUGCUGUCCCUGCUCUUGGGCUGA